GCCAGACCGAGCGAUUUGGAACAGGAAAUCGCUUCAGUCGACGUAGUGCCUGGAAACUACGUGGUCUGUCGAUGCGGCGCCUGCGUCGCGAAGCACGUUCACAAGACCGGACGUGGGUUAAGGCUCCGACACGACCCUGACGUACACCUGAUGAGGCCGCGAGUUAAAUAAGACCCCGCGUCUGGCGGGACGGCAAAAUCCGAACUACACGAUGCGUAUCGACACGACAACCCUUGUUGCUCUGCAACUUCAGUUGCUGCAACACGAAGAGAUGACCGACCACCGCGCUCUGAAGUACAUCCAGACGCAGCAAGAAUGGGACUUCCUAAGGCCGGUCAUCGCCAAGUUGUACGUGGACGAGGGCUGGGAGCUCGCGAGGGUAAUGGAGGAGAUCGAAAGGGCAUAUCACCUCAGAGCCACAAAGCGAAUGUACAACACGAGGAUCAAAGCCUGGGGUCUGCGAAAGCACCAGAGAAGAGGUGAGGUCGAGGCGAUAUUGAGGAUCAAGGCUGAAAGAGCACGGGCGGGGAAGGAGACGACCUUUGUCCUUGGCGGCAGAGAGGUCAGCAUGCAAGAUAUUGACCGCUAUAAAAGGAAACACCAAAUCCUAGUGUCGGACCUACUCGAAACCGGACCUACGAGAACAGAGAUUCCAGACCUUGAAUGGUAUACUCCUCCUGGCUCGCCGUCUUCGGGCUCUUCGCCCCUCGUGCUGACCCCGCAGUCUUCUUCUGCUUCAUCCUCGUAUGGGUCUGUGCCGCAAUCAAUCGCGUUGCCCGCUGCUUUGGGCGAUUACGACAGCUAUUUCCGAGGAAUAUCGACCGGCUUUAGUGUCAUGAUCACCACGGGACUUUGGGCGCUCUCGUCCUCGUUAGAGAUGGCGUGGAGUCCAACUCCGGUGCGGGCACUGUCUCAACCGGUCAUUUCCAACAGUUACCACCAGGACGAAUGCUACCGCUAUUUGACCAACGGCGUCACCCACAUAAGGAAGGGCGACAAGGUAACAGGCUACAAGGAGUGGAACGCUGCUUUCUCGCUGAUAUCGGACGUUGUGCGAAGUGCACACUACAACACCGUAGGAAAACUAUUGGAGUGCAUCUAUUACCUCGACCGACGAGGACACAGACCGGUAGCCAGGAUGUUUCAAUCGUUCGUAUGCGAGAUGGCGCAGGCCGUCUUGGGACCGGAUCAUCCGUACUACCACAUAUUCUGUGGACUGGCGAAUUUGCCUUUAGACGAAAUCGGCGAGCUGCAGACGAAAACACAGGAAUGCCUCGUGAAUCAGCUUGAGGGCUCGCUUGGGCCCCAGGCCUUUGUUAGUUUCGAGCAUAAGAUGGUCCUGGCCCAGAGGAAGCUCGAGUCGCAACCGGUCCGUAACAUAGACGAGCUGAUGCCGACGGAGGAGCAGUGCAUCAUAACGUAUGGGCCUACGAGCUCAAAGACACUUCUGGCUUUGAAUCUACGAUACUGCGUGCUUCGCAGUCGAGGUCUGUUAAGGGAAGCUCAGGACGUAGCCUGGUCCAUCAUUCAGAAGGCGAUGCUGAUCGAGGAUAAGUCCUUACGUUUGUGGCACCUUACGAGUGCGUGGGUGAGCUUAGCACGUAUCCAGUCAGACCUGAAAGAUUUCAGAUCCAUGAGGGCUAGUUUAAUAUCGGCCUGGGAGGCGGAGAAUGAGCUUAGAAACGACCAUGGCAUAGUCAAGCUAGGCGAAGGGGAGCUAAAUUGGAUAUUCGAAAAAGUUGGACUCCAACCUAUUUUCAGGGAGAUGGAUCCUAUUGAUAUUCCACAGGAUGACUCGUUCGAGUCCGCAUAAGAGAUUCUGGGAGAGUUUAUAAAAAAAAAAACAUAUGCACCGAGCUUUGGGUAUCAAGAGCUCGUCCUGCUACCAAUCGCACGUUACUGCGUCCGUGCAUAUGCCGCUGUCGAGAUUAUGGAUCCUCCCCUUUCGAGCCAAUUCUUACGUAUUUAGUUAUCUACGAAUUGAACC